UCAUCCGAUUGCGAGCGAACGACGCUACAUCCGGUGUUAGUGUUAGCUUAACGCUAUCGGUGGAGCUUUCUCUGUUUUUAGUCUCGUUUGUUGCCUGCAUUUGCUCACAGUUUUUUCACUGUAUUUGUACACAGACAAAGGACUGUGUGAUAUCAUACAAUGGACAGUGACAUGUCUGACAUGGAGCCUGUACCACGACCUGGAAGCAGCAGUGUUGAGGGGGAGAAUUCACCUGUUUACUGUAUAUGCCGCAAACCAGACAUCAACUGCUUCAUGAUUGGCUGUGAUAACUGCAAUGAAUGGUUCCAUGGCCACUGCAUUAACAUCACUGAGAAGUCCGCCAAAGCAAUCCGGGAAUGGUACUGCAUGAAGUGCAGAGGUGGAAACCCCUCACUGGAAAUUAAGUACAGAUUGAAGAAAAGCAGAGAUAAGGAAUCUGAAUCUGACAGAGGUGAAAGAAAUUACAGCACACCAAGUACCCCAGACUAUAAGAGUGAGAGGAGACGAGGAUCAAAAGUGAAGCGUUCAGUUCGAAUGUGUGGUGAAUGCGAGCCCUGCAGACGGACUGAGGACUGUGCCCAGUGCGACUUCUGUAAGGACAUGAAGAAGUUUGGAGGUCCAAACAAAAUCAGACAGAAGUGCAGGUUCAGGCAGUGUGAGGUUCGAGCGAGGAAAAUGCUGCGCGUAAAGGAGGAGGAAAUGUCUUUGCGUGAAAGGAGAGACAAUUCCUACCACAGACGGAGACGCUACUCUGAUGACUAUGACAGUGAGGCCGAGCUGUACAAGCAGUACAAAUCAGCAGGACUCGACAAUGUGGCGUGGGCCAGUGAUGACGAUGAUGAGCUGCAGUUUAGCCCUGUCAUACGUAAGAAAGCAGUAAAGGUGAAGCACGUCAAGAGACGAGAAAAGAAGUUUGACAAGAAAAAGGAGUCCCGCCGCCACAAACAGAAGCAGAAGCACAAAGACAGAACCAGACACAGUGAGAGGGGGGAUCUGCGAGAUAGUGCAGGGCAGCGUCAGUGUCUGGGACCCAGCUGUGUGGAGGCAGCAAGACCCAGCUCCAAAUACUGCUCUGAAGACUGUGGCAUGAAAUUAGCUGCCAACCGGAUCUAUGAGAUCCUACCCCAGCGUAUCCAGCAGUGGCAGCAGAGUCCCUGCAUUGCUGAGGAGCAUGGUAAGAAGCAGCUGGAGCGUAUCCGCCGUGAGCAGCAAAACGCCCGGCUGCGCCUAACCGAAAUGGAGCGCCGCUUCCACGAACUGGAGGGCAUCAUCGCCAAGGCCAAACAGCAAGUGGUUCAGCAGGAUGAGGAGGUGAACGAAGGGGAUAGCGAGGACACAGAUCUUCAGAUAUUCUGUGUGUCGUGUAGUCAUCCCGUUAAUCCUAAAGUGGCUCUGAAACAUAUGGAGAGAUGUUACGCAAAGUAUGAAAGUCAGACCUCCUUUGGUUCCAUGUACCCUACAAGAAUAGAAGGGGCCACCAGACUCUUCUGUGAUGUGUACAAUCCCCAGAGCAAAACAUAUUGUAAGAGGCUCCAGGUUUUGUGUCCAGAACAUUCCAGAGAUCCCAAGGUCCCGGUAGAUGAGGUGUGUGGAUGUCCUCUGGUGAAGAAUGUGUUUGAACUUACGGGAGAAUACUGCAGGGUCGCCAAACGGAAAUGCAACAGACAUUACAACUGGGAAAAGCUUAGAAGAGCAGAGGUCGAUCUGGAGCGAGUCAGAGUGUGGUACAAGUUAGAUGAGCUCUUUGAACAGGAGCGAAAUGUCAGGACUGCUAUGACCAACAGAGCCGGUCUGCUCGCUCUAAUGUUGCAUCAGACUAUUCAGCACGACCCCGUGACCACGGAUCUCCGUUGCAACAAGGAUAGGUAGCUACAAGAUCUGUGGAGCACUGUACAUAAUAUAAUUAGAUUACUAUUUUAAAAUCUUGCUAUGUUAAAUUGGUAAAUGGUUCUAUUUUAUUGACUGAUAAACUACUACUGAUUUAAAAACUGUGUCAUGAAUACUCUGCAUAAACACCUUAGACUUCAGUUGUAUGUAUGUUUUGUGUUAUUAAUGUACUUGUUAUUUACUCAUUUAAGGGCUGCAACAAUUAAUCAUCAAAUGUUCUGAUAAUCAGUUAACUGAUUUGAGUAUUUCUUUUUUUCCUCAAUGACAUUACACUGAAUAUCUUCUGUAGACAUUUGACACCAUUAAUCAUCAUGUUUUGCUUAACAUUAAUUAAAUGACGACUGAUCAUCAUUUGCACCCCUUGCUAAUCUCAAAAAUGUGUAUUAUCUGUGGGCCAACACAAGCUGAGAUUGUUGAAUUGUGAAUGUUGAAUAUUGAAUGUGAGAAGUCACAUUUUAUUCACAAUAUUUUCAUUGGGAUAUGAAUCUGAGGUAUAUCCUGUUAAACAAGAGAGACUUGCAUGGACUGAAUACUGUGUGUGUAUGACAAUAUAUGGUACUGUGCAAAAGUCUCAGGGCACCAUCAUGUCCGUCUACUUCCAUGAUCAUUGACAGUUGGAUUGGAAUGAAAGUUGGUCUUGUACAUCAGCAAACUGUCAAUUUGUGAGUUAAACUCACAUGUGUAUGUUUUGAAAUAAACCUGGUGUCAUAGA